AUGUUCUCAAGAAUAAAUGAUCUUCAAAAUGAACAUCUUCAUGCUAUGUUACCUAUCGAAGGGUAUCAAGAUACACCUUUAGUGUCAUUAGACGAAGCAAUUAAGCCAAUUAUUCAUCUAUUUAAUAAAGAUAGUCUAUCAUCAAAAGUAUGGGUGGUUAAAGAACGAUGCACAAAUCCUGCCGAUGGUUUAUCACCAGAUCAAUCUGGUUCAAUUAUGCUUUAUACUUUUGAAUGGCUUCCUACUGAAGAAAGUCUCUAUUUUAUUCUAAAUAAAACUCUACGCAUGGAAAAUCGCGAAUUGUUAAAACCAUGGUUUCCUUUUUUGAGGUUAUUUAUCGGCGCACUAAUACAACUUCCUUCAAUCGAUGAUGUUAUUUAUCGUGGUGUUAGAAAAGAUUUGAGGAAUGAAUAUCCACCCAACACUGAAAAAAUUUGGUGGGGAUUUAGUUCAUGUACAGAUUCUAUUCAUGUUCUUGAGUCUGAUCAAUUUUGUGGUAAGACUGGCAUUCGAACAAUGUUUCAAAUUAAAUGUCUUAAUGGUCCAUGUAUUAAAAAUCAUACUUAUUUUCAUAGUGAGAACGAAAUAUUAUUAUUGCCAGGUCGAUAUUUACGAGUACGUAGUUGUUACAAUUCUGCAGAUGGACUACACAUCAUACGACUCGAUGAAAUCGAACCUCCACACACGCUUCUCAAACUUCCUAAGAAUGAUCCUUGGCGCCGUAUAGAACCUGGAAUUUCUCUUCUUGGCAAUUGUAUGAAUCCUAAUUGUAAAAUUUACGAGAAACAAGUGAUUAUUCCUAUAGGUUUCAAAAAAUUUGAUGUUCUCGUAGAUAGUGAUGCAUCUAAUGCCAAAUGUCCAAUAUGUGAAAAGUAUGUUGACACUUUAAAAUUAGGUUUUAACAAAUGUCAAUGGCGAAUAAGUGGUAUCAAGCAAGUUAGACAAUCGGAAGCACCAGCUCCCUUUUUAGAAAAUUGGUCAAAUACAGAUGGAAACUCGCUACUUGAAUAUAAUUUACACAACACUAUAUGGAGACAAUUGAUAGUCGAAGCAAAACCGAAAAAUUCUAAUUGA